CCCAGGGUGUCAGCUGUGCGAUCACAACAUCCGGGCCUUAGCGCUAAAAGAGGAGCAUGAGCUCGUUGUUAUGGAAACGGGUUCGGGGACUUCCCAGGCGCAGAUUGUAUCUACUUUACUCUGAUUGAUCUCGAGGGCCGGACCUACCUUGCGUUAGCUCUUCCGCUCUAAUCUGGGGAGUGACGGGGCUGUUAGCGCUGUAGCGGGUGAGGCACUUUCGGCCGCCUCCCCGCCCGCGCACAGUUGGCUUUAUUUAGCGUAGCGGAAACCGCGUUUGCUAAAGAGAUUAAAGGAAAUGCUUCCUGUUUUGAAUGAACUGGAUUCUCACAAGUCAAAAGCAGAUAUAGAAAAGAAAAUUACUUCAACUAAGAAGAAAUUGCCACCAAAGAAACAACCAAAGCCUAUAGACCUUCCUCCCUGUGUAAAUCCAGGCAAUCCUGUAUUUUCCUGUAUGUUGGAUCCACCUUCGCUCCAUACAUCUACUACAUUGUCAAAACCUCAGAUGAUCAUGUAUAAAUCAACUUCAGAGGGCUAUGGUGAAAUAGCACCUAUAUCACCAUUUCUUCCCUGCAACUUUUUUCCAAGGAAUGACACAUUUACAAAUCACCUUAGGCUGACUGGAAUGUUUCAGAAUCAUUAUCUGAACACUGUUCUUGACAGAGGCAGAGUCAUUGACUUUCCAAAUUUUCAACACACUCUUUGAAAACACUAUGUGUAUUUAUGGGGAAAUUUUCAUUUUGGAAAAAUGUGCAUUUAAAAUUAGGGCUAAAAGUCAUUCAUGUAACAAAAAUAUUUGGACCAGGUUGAAAAUAGUUUAAAUGAAUAAACCAGGUGGUUAAGGUAAUUGUCUUCUUACCUGAAUGACAGAUCUUUGAUUUUACUAUUUCUCACCUCACCCUUGUGGAAAAUUAUAAAUAGCAGUUACCUCUCAAAGAUAAAUCUAUUCAGAAUAGGUGAAGUAAAUAAAGAUAAUAAAAUAAAUGAAAUUGGAUAUAACCUUAUCUAAGCUAUUUCUUUAUACUUUGGAUUUAAGUUCUUCAAAAGAACUUCAUAAUGUUUUUAUUUCAUUUGUAUGCAAAACACCCCUGUUAUAAGUUGCUCAAGGAAAAUAAUGAAAUAAAUCCUGCCCUACAGGAAAAUAGAAGGGGAAGGGGUAGGGAGAGAUAGCAGGGAAA